AUGGACGAUCACGAAUCACUAAAGGCACAGGGAAAUGAGAGCUUCAAGCAACAAAACUAUGAUGAAGCUAUUCAAUAUUAUACAAAGGCAAUUGAGGCAUCAGAGGGAAAGAUUGCAAUGUACUAUGGAAAUAGAGCAGCAUCAUAUAUGGCAAUAGGUACAAAGAAAUCACUACUUCAAUCAAUUGAGGACUCUGAGAAGGCAAUUGAGAUUGAUAGAAACUUCAUCAAGGGAUACACACGUGCUUCAAAGUGUCUCGUUCAGCUCGGACGCUUUGACCAAGCUCAAUCAGUUAUCGUCAAUGGUCUGGUCAUCGAUCCAAGGAACAGCGAGUUGUUGUCGGAGAAGAUCAACGUUGAGUCGAUCAAAAGACAGCUGCAGUCUGCACAAGACAACAUAACGACAAACACUCAGCAGGCUCUGAAUCAGAUCGAAUCAGUGUUGACCCUUGCCAAGUUCUAUCAACCAGCAAUCGUCAUCAAGGCCAAGCUGUUGUUGGAGGUCAAGCAAUAUUCCAAGGCAUCCAAUCUCAUGACUUCACUUCUCCAAGAGGAUCAAACCAAUUCCGAAUAUCUCUAUCUGCGAGGACUGGCCAUGUAUUAUUCCAACAGCUUCCCAUCUGCCAUUCAGCACUUCCAGAACUCACUGGCCUACGAUCCAGACUUCUCACAGAGCAGGAUUGCCCUGAAGAGAGUACGUAGCCUCGAGGCAAAGAAGAAGGAAGGAAACGAUGCGUUUACAGCAAAGAACUAUACCCUUGCCUACCAAUUGUUCACAGAGGCCCUCGAGAUUGAUCCAAAGUUCGACACUUACAACUCGCAAUUAUAUAACAAUAGAGCUGCUGCUGCACUUCAAUUAAAUAAGAUUACAGAGGCAAUCGAUGAUUGUACAAAGGCCAUCGAAUUGGAUCCAAACUAUGUCAAGGCGUUGACUAGAAGAGCACAAUGCUACUUGAAGAAGGAGCAAUUCGAGGACGCCGUUAGAGACUAUGAGAAGGCCAAGACUCUGGAUCCAGAGAAUGAGGAUAUCCACGCCAACCUCAAGCACGCCAAGGUCGAGCUGAAGAAGUCAUUGCGAAAGGACUAUUACAAGAUUCUCGGCGUGGCCAAGGAUGCUACAGACUCGGACAUCAAGAAGGCAUACAGGAAGCUCGCUCUCCAGUACCACCCAGACAAGAACAGCACUCUGUCAGAUGAGGAGAAGGCAACCGCAGAGAAAAUGUUCAAGGAUGUCGGUGAGGCGUACGGCGUACUCAGCGACCCCAAGAAGAAGCAGAGAUUCGAUAUGGGUCAAGAUGAGAACGGAUUCCCUCUAGACUCAGACGAUUUCAGCGGAUUUGGUGGCGGUGGCGGCAUCAACAUCUUUGACCUCUUCCAAAGAAGUGGAAUGGGUGGAAUGGGCGGCGGCAUGGGCGGUGGCGGCUUUGGCGGUGGUUUCGGCGGCAUGGGCGGAGGCGGCUUUGGCGGCGGAAGUCCAUUCGGCGGCGGACACUUCCAUCAAGGUCACGACGAUCCAUUCGGCGGCAUGGGCGGUGGUGGCUUUGGCGGAUUCGACUUUGGUGGCGGCGGUCAUGGACAUAGCCACGGCGCUGGCGGUCACAGCCAUGGCGGUCAAAGACAACAACAAAGCAAGCAAAAGAAAGGAGGCUUUAGAUACGGCUAA